UUUUCCUGUGAAAAGGGUCCUCCCGGAACAGGGAAAACCACCAGCAUCCUCUGUUUGGCCCGAGCCCUUCUGGGCCCCGCGUUGAAGGACGCCGUUCUGGAGCUGAAUGCCUCCAACGACAGAGGUAUUGAUGUGGUGAGGAACAAAAUCAAGAUGUUUGCGCAGCAGAAAGUCACUCUUCCCAAAGGCCGGCAUAAGAUCAUCAUCUUGGAUGAAGCAGACAGCAUGACAGACGGAGCCCAGCAAGCCCUGAGGCGCACCAUGGAGAUCUACUCCAAAACGACGCGCUUUGCUCUCGCUUGCAACGCCUCCGACAAAAUCAUAGAGCCCAUCCAGUCCCGUUGUGCCGUGCUCCGCUACUCCAAGCUGACGGACAGCCAGGUGCUGGCAAGGCUCAUGAAGAUUGUCGAGAAGGAGAGCGUGCAGUACACCGACGAUGGCCUGGAAGCCAUCAUCUUCACCGCCCAAGGGGACAUGAGGCAGGCGCUGAACAACUUGCAGUCCACUCACUCCGGCUUUGGCUUUGUAAACAGUGAGAACGUCUUCAAGGUGUGUGACGAGCCCCAUCCGUUGUUGGUGAAGGAGAUGCUUGGGCAUUGCGUCAGUGCAAAUAUUGAUGAAGCGUACAAAAUCCUGGCCCAUUUAUGGAAGCUGGGCUACUCCCCCGAAGACAUCAUCGGCAACAUUUUCAGGGUGUGCAAAACCUUCCAAAUGGCUGAGUACCUGAAGCUGGAAUUCAUUAAGGAGAUUGGCUACACGCACAUGAAGAUCGCGGAAGGGGUGAAUUCGCUCUUGCAAAUGGCGGGACUCCUGGCCCGGCUCUGUCAAAAGACCGCUGCCCCGAGCGCAAGCUGAGAGGCCAAAGCCUGCCCCAAAUGUGGGAGGGAAGGGAUCCUGCAGGGAUCCGACUCCCAGGACGUGUUUUGGGUGGACGAGACAGCUGCCAGAACCUGUCUCAUAUUCUCCCACGUUGAUAGAUUCCGUAAAAUAUCCCCCCCCCCCCCAAAAAAAUAAAGUGCGAUACAAAUACA